AUGUUUGAGCUGAUGGAGGCCAUUGGACUCUGUGGCAGCCACAUGGAGAGCCUCAUCAACAGCCAGUGCUGCACUGAGGAGGAUGUGCAGGAGAUCCACCACUAUGCCAACAAGUAUGGCAGCGUGAGUUACACAAGAGGCUAUGAAUUGACACUCAUGUUUUGUCUUGCCAUGUUCUUCAUUGGCGCCAUUACAGAAGACAAACUUGUCACUGAACCAAGCAUCAACACUCCUCUCAAAGACAAGAAGUGCUACCUGGCCUCCCUUUGCCAGCAAGUAUGA